CCCUUUUAACACCAGCGCCAUUUCCUUCACGAGAACGUCGAGGUUGUAAUAAGAACUUAAUCGAACGAGAAUCUUUUGGUCUUUAGCUAUAAUCCACGCAACUUUAUUUGCUCAUCAGUAGGGGACUCGAAUUGUUUGUAUUGGCACGUUCUUCACUAGUUAGGGAAUCCUGGUCUCAAAAUGCCAAACAUUAAAUUACAGAGUUCAGAUGGGGAAACUUUUGAGGUUGAUGUUGAAAUUGCCAAAUGUUCUGUGACCAUCAAGACGAUGCUUGAGGAUCUAGGAAUGGAUGAGGAUGAUGAAGAGGUUGUCCCUUUGCCUAAUGUCAAUUCAGCCAUCCUUCGUAAAGUUAUCCAAUGGGCCACAUACCAUAAAGAUGAUCCUCCACCACCUGAAGAUGAUGAUAAUAAGGAAAAACGGACAGAUGACAUCUCAUCAUGGGAUGCAGAUUUUCUUAAAGUUGAUCAAGGGACUCUUUUUGAAUUGAUUCUGGCUGCCAACUAUCUUGACAUUAAAGGUUUAUUGGAUGUUACUUGUAAGACUGUUGCAAACAUGAUCAAAGGGAAAACACCUGAAGAGAUACGCAAGACUUUCAACAUCAAGAAUGAUUUUACUCCAAGUGAAGAGGAACAAGUUCGCAAAGAGAAUGAGUGGUGUGAAGAAAAGUAAAGUAUUUGAAUUGAGUUUUGUUUUCACAUAAAAUGUGUUCCUUUGUAUCCAGCUUCACGUUUUCAAGCCAAUAAUACAACUAAUUAAGAAG